GAGAGAAGCAGCAUUUGGGGGAAGACGAGCGAGCGGCGAGCUGCUCAGGAGAGGAAGCAGGCUGAGCUGGGCUCACCAGCCUCUGCCAGCUCCGCUCCUCCCAAACUAACCUGCCCCGAGGAGAUGCCGGGCUCUGGGGGGCCCCCUCCCCAUGCCUGUUGACCUUCUGGGGCCACCAGAUCUGCCCCCCUGAGUCCCCAGCCCGGCUUUGCCUGCCUGCCUCCAGAAGUUUGCAGAAGGGAGGGAGAGAACCCACUCCAGACAGGAGCAAAGUUAGCCAGGGAUGAAGAAGAGCAGAAGCCCCUCUGAGCCGUCCUGAGCCUGGAUGGGAGCAGCUGGCAGGGAUGCUUCCCCAUCUGGAACACAGCUGGAUCCCCACGCGCCCUGGGAAUUCGUAAGGCUGGGCUGAAGGCGCAGGGACCCACGAGUCGCCUUUCCCCCCCUUGAGGCUGUGCAACUCUGUACCCCGGGGAGCCCAGGAUCUGUCCACCAUGAAGCGGACCUUGUAUUUUUUCACCCUGAUCUUGACAGAAAGCAUGGUGGACGUGGUCAGCUCAGCUCGGGACUGCUUGCAGGCCGGGGAAUCCUGCACCAACGACCCCAGCUGCAGCUCCAAAUUCCGGACCCUCCGGCAAUGCAUUGCGGGCAACGGUGCCAAUAAGCUGGGGCCGGAUGCCAAGAGCCAGUGCCGGAACACAGUGACGGCUCUCCUCUCCAGCCAGCUCUAUGGCUGCAAGUGCAAGCGAGGAAUGAAGAAGGAGAAACAGUGCCUCAGCGUCUACUGGAGCAUCCACCACACCUUGAUGGAAGGUAUGAACGUGAUGGAGAGUUCCCCUUAUGAACCCUUCGUGAGAGGCUUUGACUAUGUCCGGCUGGCUUCCAUUACUGCAGGUUCGGAGAAUGAUGUGACGCAGGUGAACCGCUGUCUGGAUGCGGCCAAGGCUUGCAAUGUGGACGAGAUGUGCCAGCGCCUCCGGACAGAGUACGUCUCCUUCUGCAUCCGGCGCUUGCCCCGGGCAGACACUUGCAACCGCUCCAAGUGCCACAAGGCCUUGCGGAAGUUCUUUGACCGCGUGCCCCCUGAAUACACGCACGAGCUCCUCUUCUGCCCCUGUGACGACACGGCCUGUGCUGAGCGGCGCCGGCAGACCAUCGUGCCAGCUUGCUCAUAUGAAGCCAAGGAGAAACCCAACUGCCUGGCCCCGCUGGAUGCCUGCCGGGGGAACUACGUUUGCAGAUCCAGAUACGCCGAAUUCCAAUUCAACUGCCAGCCAUCCACGCAGUCCACAACAGGAUGCCGGAGGGAGAAUUUUGCAGCCUGCCUUCUGGCCUACACUGGAAUUAUUGGUAGCUCCAUUACCCCAAACUACAUAGAUAACUCCACCUCCAGCAUCGCUCCUUGGUGUACCUGUAAUACCAGCGGCAACAGGCAGGAAGAGUGCAAGAGCUUCCUACAUCUCUUCACCGAAAAUAUCUGCCUGCAAAAUGCCAUCCAGGCCUUCGGCAACGGGACGUACCUGAGCUCAGCUCUGAGCCCUUCCACCCCUCCAAUGACGCAGCUGCGCAAACAGGAGCGUAACGGCAACAAAGCAGCCGCCACUCUGCAAGAGAACAUCUUCGAACAACUACAGCCCACCAAGGUAUCUGCUGAAGAGAAACUUCUGGGAGACGCCACUCACCUGGCGUCCGAGUCUUCUGAUGCAGUGAUGGCUUUAGCCACGAGUGGCUGGUUGAUCGUACAGUGUUCCGUGUCGGCUUUUACCUUGCUCCUGGCAUCGAUGUGAACGAGAGUAAUUUCACUCUCGAGAGAGUCAUGACUGGAUUGCUCUUUGUCUCGUUACAAUUUGGGAAGAAGAGCUGAAAGGUCCCACCUGCCUCUCUUCCCCUUCUUUAGUAUUGUAUGAAAAAGAAAAAAAGCAGAGAAAGCUCAUUUCAUCGGCUUGUUCCUGACGCCUUUCGGUGUGAACAAGCGGGUGUUCAUCAAGGGGCGGAGACAUGGAACAGGCCUGGACCAGAACUGAACCGCCAGUAAGAACUGAAUUCCACCUUUGUUUCUUGUUUUCACAUUGGCAAGUCAGUAGAAAUUGUCCGGUUUUGGUAUGCCAAAGCAGUCUUUUCAGCAAACCAACGCGGCAAAACUACAGCUAUCUUGGAAGCUUUUGAAAAAAGGGCCCAAACGGGGACAAUGCAAUCCCCAAUCUGCAGGAGUGCCGGAAAAAAAUCAUCUUCUAUCAUGCCAAUCCCACCGACUUCUGAUAAUGAUGUUACAUAAAAGUAGAGUUGUAUAAUCUGGUUAUCCAGACUCAGAAUGGGAAACAGAUUGGGGACUCAAGAUGGCCGCCAUGAACCAGCCUUCCGUGUUUACCGUCAUACUUCAAGUGAAAAAUGGGAAUGGCGGACUGUCAUUGAAGGAGUGGGUUGUGUUUUGAAGAUAACCUUAUUAGAAGAUUCCUGGAAAUUGAAGGAAGCUUCGUGCUGGCAGGACUGAAUCGCCGGCCUCCAUAUCGGAAGGAUUAUUCAUUCUUUGUAUUGCCGAAGGCUUUCAAGUCUGGAAUCAGUGACUGUCGUGGGUUUUCCUGGCUGCGUGGCUAUGGUCUGGUAGUUUUUGCUCCUAACGUUCUUAAAAUGCCCCCCCAAGUGACCCUAGGAAGCGGUGCCUGGGGCUGUAGCCCUCUACGCCUGUACCCCCUCGCUACGCCACUGCAUGUUUAUGAAGAUGCCAGCCCUAGAUGCAGGCAAAAUGUUAGGAACAAAAACUACCAGACCAUGACCACACAGUCUGGAAAAGCCACAACAGCCACAUAAUUCAUUCUUAUCAACAAGUCACUGACUUGGUUCUAUUCUUAUCAACAAGUUAUUGACUUGGUUCAAACAAAGGGUGCCUCACAACCGGAAUGGUACAAAGUGGCCGUUUUAUAUUCCCCUCGUGCCAUAUCACAUAGCUGGUUAAAUUUCCAAGUCAAGUUACCAAGUGUGAUCUCCUAAAGACCAGGGUGGAGGGCCAAUUAUGUAGUCAUCUCAGUUAUUUUCCUUGAGUUGCCUUCAAUGAUGUGGUACUCAUCCAAGUAGGUUUAAAACACUACUCAGAUUUACUGCUCACAUAAUUUUGGCCUGGGAAAGAGAAGGCAGGACAGAAACAUCAAAAAUCGUCCAUUUCAGGAUCUCGGAGCAUUUCUGGAUGCUUGAGCUGCCUUACAUGUUUCAGCCGCCGUUCAACGCUUCAGCAAAGAACUACACUGCAUAGGUAAAUCAUGCUCACACCUCAGUCCCUCCAGGGAGAAUUUCCACGCCCCGAUUUAGGUCUAAUUUAGAUCCUGACCAUCACUUAAUGAUUCUAAGCCGAAUGUGUGAAAAGCCACAGCUGGGGAAAUAUAUAGUUGGAACUGAGAUCUGUUGAUCACACAAGUUUCUUCUUGCGGAAAUUGCAAACCAUCAGCUGCCUGUCCGUCAACAAGUGACAGACAUGAACAUGUGACCCUUGAUCUAAAAUGCAAAUCAAACCCUUCACGCACUCUUUUUGGGUGUUCGUGAUUGGAAAUACAUCGCAGCUCCCAAGAAUGGACACGGCUCAUUUGGGUCAGUCUUUGGUAGAUUCUUCAGCUAAGUGAUCCAGCAUAGAGUUUAUAUUGUUAAGCCCCUUUGAAAAGUCAACGGGCUGGUAUAUAUGCAUUCUUAAUUCUGUGCUGGCAUGGAGGUCUUGGCAUUUAGGGAAGGAUUUCGCCAGCAACCCUUUCAAUGAAAAAAAGAACUAAAAGCAGAAUCUCAGCAACUUCAUCUGCUACUGCAGCAGCAGUGGCUUAGGAGGUUAAGAGCUCAAGGUAUCUAAUCUGGAGGAAACUGGCUUUUGAUCUCCCAGCUCU